UCCGUUACAUGAAAAGCCCCUAAAAUUCCCUCGUUCCUUCCUUGUGACUUCUCACCAUUAUUAGGGUUUUAGCAUCUCAUUUCACCUCAACAAAUUCAACCUCAAAUCCUGCAUUUCUUCCCCAAUUUCUUCCAAAAUUCUGCUUCAAACCACUCAAUUAACACAAUGAAACAACCUCAAACCCUGAGUCCACCAUUAUUCGAAACCCUAGAACCCAUGCUCAACGAAUCCAUCUACCACUUUCUAACCGAAUUCCACAACGGCAGAACCGAUUUCUCCGAACUCACUUCCAUUUUCUUCCGCUUGAUCCAGUCCAUGACUGAUCCACCCCUUGAAUUCAUCUGGUUUUACUCCGCAAUCACUUUUCAAACCCUUAACUCAACCGCUGUAACCGAUUCUCAUCGCUUAUUCCUUUCGGUUAACGACUUGUUUCACUCGUUAGUCUCCUUUCGUCACCGGUCUCAUAAUAAUAACUGUUUUAAGUCAGUGUCGGUUGUUGCUCCGGUUUUAUACUCUUUAGUUAACUUUAAGUUUGAUGUUUCUAGGUUAAGGAAUGAGAUUGUAGGGUUAGCGGAUGCGAUAGUCGGUCACAUUAUUAUGUGUUGUAGUAAUAAUAGUAACGGUUUGGUGGGCGAAGAGGUUGGGGCUGGUUGGGUUGGUUUAGUGCCGAUUUGGAUAGCGGAUCAGGUUAGGCGGAAUGAAGGUCGUGUAGACGGUUUUAAGUUGUUUUUUCCGCUUUCGAGUGAGGAUAUGCGUAGGGGGAUUGUUGGGGAUUGUGGGAUGAGGUAUCUUGCUGCGGUUGUUAUGGUUGAGGCGUUUUUGUUUAGGUUGUGUUUGAUGUUUGAUUCAGGGGUGGCACGGGUGGAUUUCGAUAAGGAUGUUAAGAGUUGUGCUGCUCAGAUUAUUCAGGGGUUUAAGAAGAAUACGUCGUAUUUAGUAAUGCUUUUUAAACUACUGCUGGAACCAAGUUUGCCAGUUGGAGAGCUUUUGGCUGCACCGGAUGAACUCAUCCUCAGGCGACUGCUUUAUGAUGUUGCAUUGGAUUUUGGCCCGUUUCUUAGCUGUGAUACCUCCCUUGACGAUGCUCAGUACAAAGAGAUUGUAAUCUUAUGGCUGUUUGUCGCAAACUCAGCAUUGCAGUUUGCAAGUGAAAAUGGUGACCAUGUUGGAGUCAGUUGUUAUCGCAACGCCUUUUCAGCGUCUCAGCUGCCACAGCAGAUAAUUUUAUGGGUCACCGGCGUAACAAGUGUGAAACCAACCGUACCCGAUAUUUCAUCCCCAAAGGACAUUAUUGGCUGGCUAUUGGUACUGGAACAGCAGGGAUUUAAAAUAUGUGAUCACAACAUCUCAGAAUUACACGAGAAAACUUUGAAGUACAGCUCAAUGGCCAAAGUCAAUGGAGUCAAAGACGGUCAUGAGAGUCAAACUAUGGUGGAAGAUGCACCUGUAAGUAUCAAUGGGAGAAGAAAACGCAGUAGCACGGGGUUUUGGGAGGUACAAAAGCAGAUUAAAGUUAUAAAGUGCUGUCAUGAGAAUCUGGGAGAUGAAGGUUUCUGUGGUAAAACUGAGGUUGUGGGUAACUCGCUUUCUGAUCAAGAGAUGGUAGAUAUGGUUCGGUGAGUUGACCACUGCAAUGGUGGUUGUACAAUGUUCUAAAUGUUUCAUUGCUGCAAAGAUUUAGGUUUAAAGUAGGGUUGCAUGGGUCGUGUUAGGCUAGUCGGUUUGUUUUGGUUUAGAAAAUUCGGGCUGACGGGUGCAGUUUGACUUUCGGAGUGUUGAACCGAAGCAACCCUGUUAAGUAGGGACACGCGUAUUAAAUAACAAGUCGAGUUAUCCUUAUAUUAUAUGAUGAUUUGAAAGGGUUAA